AUGGGAAACUCGCAGGGCACCACUGUGGAUGAUCUACAGGCUGUGGAGCUCCACCACUGGUACAAGAAGUUUAUGACUGAAUGCCCGUCGGGGCAACUGACUUUGCAUGAGUUCAAGCAUUUCUUCGGCCUUAAGGGAUUAAGCCAGGAAGCCAAUGCCUACAUUGAACAGAUGUUUAAAACUUUUGAUAUGGAUAAGGAUGGAUACAUUGAUUUCAUGGAGUACGUGGCUGCCCUUAGCUUAGUCCUCCGAGGCAAGAUGGAACAAAAACUACGCUGGUACUUUAAGCUCUAUGAUGUGGAUGGCAAUGGCUGCAUAGACAGGCAUGAAUUGCUGAACAUCAUUAAGGCUAUACGUGCCAUUAAUGGCUCUCAGCAGGACCAAUCAGCGGAGGAUUUCACAAACCAAGUUUUUGACAGAAUUGAUGUCAAUGGAGAUGGGGAGCUUUCUCUUCCGGAGUUUGUGGAAGGAGCCAAGAAAGAUAACGAGUUUUGUGAGGUGAUGAUGAAGAGUCUUGAUCUCAGACACAUUGUGGCAAUGAUUCAUAAUCGAAGGCACAGUGUGUGAAGUGGAGGUGACAGGCAGGACAUCAGAUGGCAGUGCAUCAGCUGAGCACUUAGCUUUUACCCAGAAACUGUUACCUGGGAGCCAAAAGAAUAAAAAGAACCUCAAAAUGUGAGAGAAUUAUAUCUGAAACUUCCUCUAACAUAACUAAUUGGACAGAAUAAAAAGCUACUGACCCCAACACUGAUGAAUUAACUAAUCUUCAAAAACAUUGUUAAACUAACAUCUGGAAGGAAGACUCCAAGUAUAGCUUGCUUUGUGAGACAAACACUGCAGAGCGAAUCCCACAGGAUGGCCUUAUCUAGCAGCCUUCGGUCUGCUGGGUGAUUACUACGAAUCUUGACCUCCAGUAAUAAGAUGGAAUGAGAGAUGAUGCUAGGACUGGGACUCAGUAACCUUUGAAUAGAUGAUUGCCAUUUAUAAUGCUCCAACUUGCAGCAGUCACUUCUCUGGAUACAUUGAUCGUAAUAGUUAAUUUGACAACACAGCAACACCACCUCUAAAAUCAGACGUGCUCCAUUUUGAAGAUCAUGGAAAACAUUUAUAGCCGGAAGCUAACUCUGAUCCAAACAAUGCUGCAUGUGGCUCAUUUCUGUGAACUGAAGGAACUGACAUAUUGUAAUAAAAAUAGCUGGGAAAACUCAGCAGGUCAGCAGCAUCUGUGGAAAAAGAAGCAGAAAUAACAUUUCAGGUUGAAGAAGAAAGUCAUACUUCAUUGUUCAAAUGUUUUUAUUUCAUUCUGACGAAGUUGAUGAAUUUACUGAUAUCUAGUUAAUAUAUUAAUAUUGUAAUUAAUGUGGAAAUUGAUUCACUAUCAUAUACAGCUUUGUCUUCAUCUGUGCAAACUGUUUAGCCUUGAGUGUGAAGUCUGAAGUAGCCUUCACUGUCUGCUUCAUUACUGCACCAUAUGCUUCAAGCCAUGGUAGAAUGAAGUCAGGAUUUAAAAUCUUACAAAUAUUAAAUUUUCUUUUUGACUCUAAAAUACUGGAA